CAUCGCCCUACAAUAAAUAGCUUAUCUAAAGCACAAAAGCAAGAUGAGCUCGGAUGUCAUUCAAAACAUGACAAAACGACUAAAUUCGGGUGCAAUUCAGAACAAGUCUUCCGAAGGCAACGGACUUCAAAUCGACAGAGUGCUCGAGGCGAUUUUGCUCUCUUUUUUGGCCCUCUUCGCUAUCGUGGGAAAUGGCCUUCUCAUGUACGUCAUAUACUCAAAUCACAAUCUUCGAACUCUUCGGAAUGCUUUUGUAGCAAGUCUUGCGGCUGCCGAUCUCAUGUUAGCUUGUACAGACAUUAUUUACCAAGCUGUGGAAAAGGUCAUAAUCGACUUUAAGCCUAUCCACCCAUCGGUUUGUUACAUUAUCUUGCUUAGCGGAGUAUUGUUCGGUUCUGCUUCUGUGUUUAACCUCACCGCCAUGACUUUGGUCCGUUACGUAAACAUUCGCUACCCUCUUCAUUUUAACCGUUACCUAACUGUCCAUCGCUCUACUACCAUUGUACUGGUGACUUGGCUAAUUGCGCUUUGUCUCGCGUUCCCGCCUCUCAUUUGGCGUCCGGAAGGCGUCGUGUGUUCGACAACGAAGCCUUCCGACGAGCACAUCUUAAACGAAGCCAUAUACAUGAGUGCCGAGUGGUUAAUUUGGUUCAUUAUCCCAGCGAUACUCAUAACGUUUUCAUAUUAUCGCAUAUACAUGAUCGCAAGAACUCAAGCCAGGCAGAUAGCUGCACUAGAAGUGACUGCAGUCAGUGAAACAAAUUCUAAGAAUUCUUUUCCUGUAAGAGGACGAGCGUCGUCUUUGAGAGAAAAGAAAGCGGGGCGAAUGGUGGCCAUUUUGGUUGGAUUUUGGGUUCUUUGCUGGCUUCCGUUCUUCACAGUGCUCACCAUAAGUAAAUUCAAGUCUCAAGUGCCAGGCUUUCUCAUGCGUUUGUUUCUGUGUCUUAUGUUUGCAAACUCAGCAAUUAACCCUAUUGUAUUAACGUGGUAUAACCGUGAACUUAAAGAAGCGAUUAAGAAGUUGUUCUGUCGAGAAAAACAGCGUAACCAGUCGUUAUCCAUGGCAGAAACACGGUCAAACUUGAGAGGAUCAACUUCUAGAACAGCAUUUUAAACAUGGCAUACAAACUCAUAAAUAAGACUGAUCAAGGGCGCUGGCUGGUGUUUCUCUCAGAAUGUUUUAAACACCUACUGAGAAGGGAGGACAAAAUGUAAGAGCAUGCCGUGUCAAAAAAAGUAUUAUUACUCGCAAGAAAUAGCUCUGGAUGGUACUUUAAACGAGUGAGUUUUUACCCCUUAAAAUCCAUUCAAAUAAGUCGCAAUCUUUGAUUCUUUAUUACGUACAGAAAAUAAAUCUAAUCAAAUUUUAUGAUUACUGAAUCGUUAUAAACUCAAGGUUAAUGUCAUAUAGGAUCUCAAACUCACAGCAAAAGAAAUCACCUUGUGGCAAGGACAAUAACUCUUUACAUGACAUCAAAUACAAAAUAUCAGACGGACCUAGUCUCGUACAUAUCGAAAUCUUUCACGGCCAAGCGGUUGCAAGAUCCUACACUGUGGAUCUGGGUACAAGGUUAAGACGGACCAAAGACUACCACUACUCUGACGUAGACCAUUUAAACUCAAUUAAGGCAAUAAAAGAAUGUAAGGCUUUCUUUGCCAAUCUUGA